GCGCCCGGAAGGCGGUGUCGGCCGGGGGGCGGCGCCGGGGCUGCCACGUUGGAGCGGUCCGGGAGCGCCUGAGCGCCGGGGACGCGGGGCAAAAUGAAGCUGAAGGAAAUAGAUCGUACUGCCAUGCAGGCAUGGAGCCCUGCCCAGCAGCACCCCAUUUACCUGGCCACAGGUACAUCAGCUCAGCAGCUGGACGCCACCUUCAGCACAAGUGCUUCUCUAGAAAUAUUUGAGUUGGACUUAUCAGAUCCUUCACUGGAUAUGAAGACCUGUGCCACAUUCUCCUCCUCCCACAGGUACCACAAGCUGAUCUGGGGCCCGCACAGCAUGACCUCGGGGGAGAGAGUCUCUGGAGUCCUGAUUGCUGGGGGUGAAAAUGGAAAUGUCAUCCUGUAUGACCCAGCCAAAAUCAUAGAUGGAGAUACCGAAGUAAUAAUUGCCCAGAAAGACAAGCACACGGGACCAGUAAGAGCCCUCGAUGUCAACAUGUUCCAGACUAAUCUGGUGGCCUCUGGUGCUAAUGAGUCUGAAAUCUAUAUCUGGGACUUGAACAACUUUGCUACGCCAAUGACACCAGGAGUGAAGACACAGCCUCUUGAGGACAUCAGCUGCAUCGCAUGGAACAGGCAAGUCCAGCACAUCCUGGCAUCCGCCAGCCCCAGUGGCCGCGCCACCGUGUGGGAUCUCAGGAAGAACGAGCCCAUCAUCAAAGUCAGUGACCACAAUAACCGGAUGCACUGCUCGGGCUUGGCGUGGCACCCUGAUGUUGCUACCCAGAUGGUUUUGGCCUCGGAGGAUGACAGGCUGCCUGUUAUUCAGAUGUGGGACCUGAGAUUUGCCUCCUCACCGCUUCGUGUUCUAGAAAGUCACACGAGGGGUAUAUUGGCCAUUGCUUGGAGUAUGGCGGAUCCGGAGCUGCUGCUUAGCUGUGGGAAGGAUGCUAAAAUCCUCUGCUCCAACCCUAACACAGGAGAGGUGCUGUACGAGCUGCCCACGAACACACAGUGGUGCUUUGAUAUCCAGUGGUGUCCCAGGAACCCUGCUGUCCUGUCUGCGGCCUCCUUCGACGGGCGGAUCAGCGUUUACUCCAUCAUGGGAGGCAGCACGGAUGGCUUGAGGCAGAAGCAAGUUGACCAGCUUUCAUCGUCCUUUGGGAACCUUGAUCCCUUUGGUACAGGACAGCCCCUCCCGCCCCUGCAGCUGCCCCAGCAGGCUGCCCCACAGAGUGUUGUUCUGCCUCUGAAGAAACCACCCAAAUGGAUCCGGCGGCCCAUGGGAGCAUCGUUCUCGUUUGGAGGCAAGCUGGUUACAUUUGAGAAUGCCAAGUCUCAGCAGCAGCCAGGCAUGGAGCAGCAGCACCAUGUCUACGUGAGCCAGGUUGUCACAGAGAAGGAGUUCCUGGCCCGCUCCAAACAGCUGCAGGAGGCUGUGCAGUCCGAGGGCUUUGUCAGCUACUGCCAGAAGAAGAUCGAUAUGGCCCUGGCUGACUUUGAGAAGAACGUGUGGGCCUUCCUAAAGGUGAACUUUGAAGAAGAUUCACGUGCUAAAUACCUUGAGCUCUUGGGAUACAGGAAGGAUGAUCUAAGGAAGAAGAUUACAUCUGCUCUGAAUAAAGAAGGUCUUGUAGAUAGUGUUUUGGGAGAGGCUCCUGCAGAAUCUGAAGAAUCUGUGCCAAAUGAGGGGGAUGAAGGCCGAGCUACAGAGGAGCAGUUCUUGGGAGAGACACCGAAGGACCAUAAACAAGAAACUGAGGGUUUGGGAUCUGCAAAGACAACAUUUAACAUUUCUGUUAGUGGAGAUGUGGACGGUUUGAUCACGCAGGCUCUGCUGACGGGCGACUUCGGGAGCGCGGUGGAUCUCUGCCUGCACGACAACCGCAUGGCUGACGCCAUCAUCCUGGCCAUCGCGGGCGGGCAGGAGCUGCUCUCCAGGACACAGGAAAAGUACUUUGCUAAGAUGCAGAGCAAAAUCACCAGGCUCAUCACUGCAGUGGUAACGAAGAACUGGAAAGAGAUUGUGCAGUCUUGUGAUCUGCAGAACUGGAGAGAGGCUUUGGCUGCUGUGCUCACUUAUGCCAGGCCAGAUGAAUUUGCAGCCCUUUGUGAUCUCCUGGGCAGCAGGCUGGAAAAUGAAGGGGACAGCGUUCUGCAGACACAAGCUUGUCUCUGUUACAUUUGUGCUGGCAAUGUGGAUAAACUCGUUGCCUGUUGGACCAAAGUUCAGGAUGGAAGCAGCCCCUUGUCCCUUCAGGACUUAAUAGAGAAAGUCGUAAUCCUGCGCAAAGCCGUGCAGCUCACCCAGGCUGUGGACCCUAAUGCUGUGGGGGCCCUUUUGGCCGAUAAGAUGAGCCAGUAUGCCAACCUCCUGGCUGCUCAGGGAAGCCUGGCUGCAGCUCUGACCUUCCUCCCUGAGAACACCAACCAGCCAAACAUCGUGCAGCUGCGGGACAGGCUUUGCAGAGCCCAGGGGGAGCCCCCGGUGGGACAGGACGGCCUCAAGGGACCAUAUGAGAGAGAGCCCGUGCCCAAAGGACGAGCUGGCCCUGUGGCUGGACGGAUGCAAACACCCCAGGCUCCAGCCCAGCAGUAUUACCAGCAGGUUAGAAUUGCCCCUACUGUCACUACCUGGAGUAACAAAACUCCUACUGCCCUUCCCAGCCAUCCUCCUGCAGGCUGUCCCUCUGACACACAGGGAGACAACCCACCUCCUCCAGGGUUUAUCAUGCCAGGUGCUGUUAACCCCAACAUGCCGCCGCAGCAAGGCACAUCUUCCAAUUACAGCAUGUACUCACAAGCAGGGACACGGCCGACGUACCCACAGACUUAUCAGGCCACACAGCAGUACUCCUCUGGAACAGGGGGACCAGCUCUCUAUCAGCCUCAGCAGCCUAUCGCUGUCCCUGCUUCAGCCUCUUACCCGAACCCUGCCCCUAACACCGCCCCUCCCUACCUGCCCUCUGCCCCUGCCCACCCCAUGCCCUCUCCGCUGUACCCCGGGCAGCCUCAGCCCUCCCCGACAAGCUUGAAUCCUGUCUCUUCCUUCCCUGUUCCUCCUUCUGGCACAUCCUUUCAGCAUGGCAGGCCAGGACCUCCAGCAACUUCUGUGGCUUAUGCAUUACCUACUGGACCAACAGGUACUCUGCCUGCAACCAGUGACCUUCCUGCAUCCCAGAGAACAGGACCUCAGAAUGGCUGGAAUGACCCUCCCACCCUGAACAGAGCUGCCAAGAAGAAGAAGGUCCCUGAUAACUUCCUGCCCCCGGUUCCCAUCACUUCCCCCAUCAUGAACCCGCUGGCGGAUCCGCAGUCUCAGAUGCAGCAGGCUCCAGCUCCAGCACCUCCCACCGGUGCCCCCACCUUCCAGCCUCCGCACCUGCCGGCUGGGCCACUGCUGCAGGGUGGCUACCCACCUGCUUCCCUGCCACCUGCUGCUUCCAAACCCAGCACGGAGGGGGCCCCCGGGGCCCCAAUCGGCAACACCAUCCAGCAUGUGCAGGCACUGCCAACAGAGAAGAUUACCAAGAAGCCCAUCCCUGAGGAGCACCUUAUUCUUAAGACAACGUUUGAAGCUCUUAUCCAGAGGUGCCUGCUGUCCGCCUCCGACCCGCAAACCAAGAGGAAACUGGAUGAUGCAAAUAAACGCCUGGAGUUUCUUUAUGACAAACUUAGGGAACAGACACUCUCUCCAGCCAUCAUCAGCGGUUUGCACAACAUGGUGAAGAGCAUCGAGACCCGCAACUACCAGGAAGGACUGAACAUCCACACACACAUCGUCAGCACCAGCAACUUCAGCGAGACCUCUGCUUUCAUGCCAGUCCUGAAAGUUGUCCUCACCCAGGCCAAUAAGCUGGGUGUGUGAAGUAGCCCUGCACUUGAAGUAGCCCUGCACAAGCCUUGACGGCUGCUUUUCCAAAGAAGUGCAUUUCUACAGCAAACAUGCAGGAAGCGGACCAAAUGCUCGUCCUCACAGCAUGUCGCGGUAGAGCGCUGACAAAUGGCAUUACACUCUCCCUGCAGAAUACUUUGCUCUAGAAGGGCUCUGGAGCCCUGGUGCUUUUCUUUUUAUUUUAAUCUUUUUCCCGUUCCCUAAUGAUUCUCCUCUACAAAUAGUAUAUUUAAUGGAUGACGUCCCAUAUUGUCAAUUUUUAGGUGCAUGUUACACUGCUAAACAGUGGCUUUUAAUAACAGAUGUAUGUGGUAAAACAACAAGAUAGGUUGUGUAUCGGACCCUAAAACAAAUUAUUCCCUUCCACCCCGCUGUUCCUUAUCCACCGGAUUAAAAACAGUCUGAUCAUGUUAUAA